UUGUUUACAUGUGGAAUUAAAGUUUAUUUUGUGCGUGUAUUUUGAGCAGAUUUGCCUGUGAUUUAAAAUAAUAAAAAGUACUUUUACGUGCUGUAUUCGAAUCGAAAUUGAAUGUUAAAGUAAGAUGACGUACAAGUAUCCAGACAGAUGGCUCGACUACACCAAGUACGGUUCUCAAGUCCAGGGCACUCAGUUCAUUGCCCUGAAAGUUCCGCUGGGAAAGAAAUAUUUCACCAAACGCAUGGAGGAAAGCUUUACACCCGAUGAUGCGGUUCAGGAAAUUCCUGGUCUAGGAAUGGUGAUAGACCUAACGUUCACAUCUAAAUAUUACAAUCCAUCAGAAUUCUUGCAUCACAAUGUUCAGCACAAGAAGAUUUUGACAAAAGGACAUGAGGUUCCCAAAAGAUCACUGGUGAACCAAUUCAUCCGUACCGUGAAUGAUUUUUUGGGAGAUGAACAGAAUAAAGAUAAACUAAUAGGCGUUCACUGUACUCACGGAUUGAAUCGAACCGGAUACUUUGUAUGCGCUUACAUGAUUCUCAUACAAGGUCAGGCUCCCAAAUCUGCUAUCCACUCAUUCAACGAAGCACGAGCUCAUUCAAUGGAGAGAGCCAACUACCUGAACUCUUUGAUUGGAUUAAUUCCAUUAAGUUACAAAGCUCAUGACGAUCAAGAUGAUACUCAUGAAACCAGAGAUUCUCGGAGUGGAUACAGAGAUCAGAGAAGUAGGUAUGAUCGCCGGGCUGAUAAUCAUAGACGGGAUCGAUCGCGAGAGAAUCACAAUGGAUAUUAUUGUGGUAGUGCUAAUGCUUAUCGUGAACGCUUUAAUAAUUGGAGAGACGGUCCAACCCGUGAUGAUCGCCCUAACAAUUGGAGAGACAAUUUUGCCCAUGAUGAUCGCCGUCCCUAUAGAAACUAUAGGGAGUAUAAUCGUCCGAGUAGCAACGGCUGGAGGGAUCACGAUAGCUAUGAUGAUCACCGAAGUACACGAAGAAACAAUGAUGAAGAAGCAUGCAAUUCUUCUUACCCGUUGUCGAACGGAGAUCGUAAAUACAACAGAUUUAGAUGGGUUAGAAAAGAUAACGGUGAAUAGUAUCUGACGUCGUUGUAUUUUGAUUUUCAAUAAAAGUUAUCUAUUUCU